AAUACUGUUGCCUCAGUACGUUGUCAACGGUUGUACGCGCGUGUUGUAGUCUUUUAAAAACGUCUGAAGGAAUUUCGUUUAAUUUUCUAUAUAUUUUUUUAUAUAAAAGGGGAGCAUUGCUCGGGACUUACAAGAAAAAAAUUUAUAUAAAAAUUAAAUAUUAAAAAGCAGUCAUAAAAAAAGAUUUUAAUAUUUAAAAAAACAAGUUAUUUUCUAUAAAAAAAAUCUAAAGAAAUGUGGUUUAAAUAGCAGUAAAAGUAACAAAUUAUUUAAAACAAAAUCCCAUAAAACAACGAAUUGUUAUUUAAUGCAGAUAUAAACCCAUAAAUAUAAUCGAAAUAAAAAGACAAACGGAGAGGGCCACUUGAAUUGUGCAGUGAGUGUGGUAGUGGAUUCUAACUAAAGAUCCACAGAGAGCGGUGGAGAGCAUACGAACAGCCAAUAAUCGUACAAGUGCUGUUUGGCAUUUGAAAAUCGUUUUUUUUUUGCGAACGUUAUAAACAUGAAAUUAGUUUCAAAAAUGCCAUCAGUUAGCUUAGCACGUAGUAGAGAUUCUACAUUGUUGGCAGCGGCCGCCGUAUUACUGUUGACAUCAUCCUACUGUUGGGAUCUAGUGGCUGCGCAAAGCAAUCAGGCUCAACAGCAAGUAUGUCCCGAGCAAAACGAUAUUGCUCCCUGUGUUUGUACGGUAAAGAAGAAUGGUUUGGAUAUAUUGUGUGAGACCACCGAUUUGACUCACAUUACCAAGUCUAUGGGCACGCUAAAGGGCAAAAGUCCCAUUAUAUUCUAUUUGAAAUUGCGUCAUAAUAAUUUGCCUAAAUUACAAGGUUUCGUAUUCCUAGCCUUGGAUAUACGUCAUUUAACCAUACACAACAGUAGUUUAGCGGCCAUUGAAGAAAAUGCUCUCAGCUCUUUGGGUAAGGGUCUAACACAGCUCGAUGUCUCACUUAAUCAAAUGAAAACGGUGCCCUCAUUGGCAUUAAAACAUCUUUAUCAUUUGUUGAUCUUAAAUUUGAAUCACAAUAAGAUCACGGUUAUUCACAAUAAUGCUUUUGAGGGUUUGGAUACAUUAGAGAUUUUAACACUCUAUGAAAAUAAAAUUAAUCUUAUAGAGCCAGAGGCUUUUAGAGGUUUAGAAAAACGUUUGAAACGUUUAAAUUUGGGUGGCAAUGAAUUGACUGCGGUUCCUCAAAAAUCUCUCUCAAUUUUGGAUAAUUUGAAGAAAUUGGAAAUUCAAGAAAAUAAAAUUAAAACCAUACGCGAAGGAGAUUUUGAAGGUCUUGAAAAUCUAGAUUCUCUUAUACUGGCCCACAAUAUGAUCAAUACCGUGCCGGCAAAUGUUUUCUCCCAUUUAACUUUAUUAAAUUCUUUGGAAUUGGAGGGCAAUAAAAUCAUCAAUAUCGAUAAAGAUGCCUUUAAGGGCUUAGAAGAAAAUCUACAAUAUUUACGUUUGGGCGAUAAUAAUAUACAGGCUAUACCCAGCGAAGCUUUAAGACCUUUACAUCGUUUACGCCAUUUGGAUUUGAGAAAUAAUAAUAUUAGUGUCAUUAGUGAUGACGCGUUUACCGGUUACGGUGAUUCCUUAACUUUCCUUAAUCUCCAAAAGAAUGAUAUCAAGGUAUUACCUAGUAUGAUAUUUGAAAAUUUAAAUUCCCUGGAAACUUUAAAUAUACAAAAUAAUAAAUUAACCCGGCUGCCGCAAGAUAUAAUGGAGCAUAUCAUCGAUACUUUAAGAAUAAUUGAUAUAACAGAUAAUCCUUUACAAUGCUCUUGUGAAUUGACCUGGUUCCCUAAACUCUUGCAAGAUCUGAAGAACAAAGACGAUGAAAUGGCACAGAAAAAGAAACCCGUUUGUCAUAUGCCCGUUGAGAAUCGUGAAUACUAUGUCCAAGCUAUGCCAUUGGAAAAAAUGCACUGUGCUGGUCUAUCACCGAGUGCGGCCAGUGAUUUACUGGACACAAAUGGUGUGUUGUUGUUAUGGCGUUUACUACCAGUAAAUAUGCUUGUGACGUUUUUGUGUACUUUUUAAAGGAAUACUUUGGUGGAGUCAGUGGUAAAUACAAAGAUUUCUCAAAACAAACUACAAAAUUUCAAAACACCAACUCUGAAAACAAAACUCUCUAUAACAACAAAAGAAACAAACAAAAAACUGAAAACAAGAAAACUGAACGACGAUGACAACAGACAGAUUUCUUCUCUCUAGCUAUAUACUAUAUCCUGGGGAAAAAGUUUGUAGGCAACAAAAACAAUGACAACAACAAUUAAAGAAAGAAAGAAAGAACAACAUUAUCAUAGAUACGAAGAGCAACUGCUAUUCUUUUUUAUAAAAAAAAAACUGUGUGUGUGAAUGUGUAACAGUGAAGUGUGAGAAGUGAUCGUUUGUCUUUUUUUUAUACAAAACUAUAUAUAUAAUAUUUAUUCUAUUAUUCUUAUUAAUAUUAUGAUUAUGAUCAUUAUUAUUUUCUAGGUUUUAGGUGAACUCUCUAACAUUUACUUUUAAUAUUUAAGGCAAUUUUUUUCCACAAAACAUAUCUAAGUGUGUAUUUUGAUGUAAUAAUUUAUUUUAUUAUCGAUUGUUUGUUGUUUUAUUAAAAAAAAAACAAAUACAACAAAUAAUUAUAUAGGGAUUUAUGGUUGCAAAACAUAUAUUUACAAACAAAAAAUAUAUCCUUACAUAUCAUUAGAUUAAGCUAAUUAUAUAAUAUUUCCCCCCAAAAACUCCCAAUCCCCUUAGCAUAUUGCAGUAUUUUAGUUUAUUAAAGAAGAAAAAUUUGUCCCGAAGAAUUUAUACAAUAAUUACAUCUAGAAUGAGUGCAAUAAGAACUAAUUCAUAUUCGCCUGAAGUUCUAAAGUAAUUCUAAAGAAUUUUCUGAGAAACACUUUCCUUUUUAUUAGUAGGUCUGUUCCAAACAAGAUAAUUUAUCUUGUUCUCUAUAGCUAAAGAACUUCUUCAGAUUCUUGUAUAAAAUCUUGGAACUAAUGAUGGCGCCAUCUUCUAGAACUUAUUCUCUGAAAAAUAAUUGAAAUUCUAAAGGGGUUUCUAGGAACUAGUUCCUGGGAAUUGUUUUACAAACAUUUUCUAGAAUUGAUCCAAAGAAUUUGUACUUCUUCAGAUUCUUGUAUAAAAUCUUGGAACUAAUGAUGGCGCCAUCUUCUAGAACUUAUUCUCUGAAAAAUAAUUGAAAUUCUAAAGGGGUUUCUAGGAACUAGUUCCUGGGAAUUGUUUUACAAACAUUUUCUAGAAUUGAUCCAAAGAAUUUGUAGUUUUUAUCAAAAAUAACUAGUUCCGAGAGUAAUAAAUUGAAACUAGUGAUGUCUUUAUUAGUUCUAGAACCAUUUUUUAUAUUAUAUUUGGUUCUUUUCUUAUAAAAGCUCUUUAGACCCUUAUUGAAAAAAGAACUAGUUCCUAAAACUCAUUCAAUGCUUUAAAUCUGAGACAAAGGCCGCAAAAACUAGUUGCAAGAAUAACUACUUGAAACUACUGAUAUCACCAUUAAUUCUAGAACCCUUUCUAAAAUAUUUCAAAAACUAGUUGCAAGAAUAACUACUUGAAACUACUGAUAUCACCAUUAAUUCUAGAACCCUUUCUAAAAUAUUUCAAAAGUGUUUUCUAAGAACUAGUUCCUUAACAAUUUUGAACAAAAAUCAAUAAAGAACUAGUUUUAAAGCCGUAAUAAUUUGUUUAGUUCUUCUUCUGAAGACAAAGGUCUGCUGGAACUAGAUUCAAGAAUAUCCACUUGAAACUAGUAAUGUCAAGUUCUAGAACCCUUUCUAAAAUACUUCUAAAAUAUUUUCUAAGAACUAGUUCUUUAACAAUUUCCAACAAAAAUCAUUGAAAAAAGAACUAGUCUUAUUCUCUUAUAAAAAACUCUUUAAAAGCAUAUUGGAAAAAGAACUAGUUCCUAGAACUGAUUCAAUAUUUUAAAUCGGAGACAAUUUCGAAUCAUAAUCAUUGUUUAAGAAAUUGGUUCUAGAAGAGCUUUAUGAAAAGAUUGUCGAUUUUAUAAUAAAAUCUUGUAUCUUGAAUAAAAACCUUAGAACUAGAAAUAACGCCAUUACUUCUAGAACCCAUGCUAGUGGUUCUAAUGUUCUAAAGAACCAGUUCUUUAUCAGUUCAAACAAAAAUCAUUGAAAAAAGAAAUAGUACUAAAGUCGAUUGAAAUUUUAAAAUACUUUUUAAGAAUAGUUCCUCCUUUCUUAAAAAACUCUUUAGAAGUUCACUGAGAACAGAACUAGUUCUAGAACUGUUUCAAAGGGGUUGAAUUAGUUUGUAAAAUCUCUGACAAUUUCGAAAUCAAUUCCGAUAUUCCGUUUAGAUUCAUGAUUAAAACACCAGAGAUGUCGCCAUAACUAUUGGAACUCAUUUUCAGGAAAGUAUUAAAGUACUUCUUAAGAGUUUUCUGUUAAAAAAUCACAGAAAAAACUCAUUCUAGAAGAAGCAACCAUGGAAUUAUUAACAUCGCCACAACUUCUAGAACUCAAUCUCUGCUAAUGAUUAUUCUAAGAACUAGUUUUUCUGUUCAAAUAUCUCUGAAAGAAAAACUAGUUCUCGAACAGUUUCAAAGGAGAUGAAUUGAUUUGUUCUAAAGAAUGAUAUACCAUUCUCUGGAACUUAAUAAUGAAUCUGAAAUGCUUCUAAGAACUAGUUUUUUUGCAAUGACAGAAUUAUUUCGAAGAAAAAUUAACUAUUUCCAGAAGCGAAUCUCAAUUUGACAACUGAAUGAUUUCUGAUUCCUCAAUUACAACCUUGUAACUAGUGAUAUCACAUUCAACGGAACAUAAUCGUGAAUCUAAAAAUUAAGUUCUCUGGAACUUAAUAAUGAAUCUGAAAUACUUUUAAGAACUAGUUUUCUUGCAGUGACAGAAAGAAAAGCAGCAGUUCUAGAAUUAUUUCGAAGAAUCAUAUCAGAUUCUUAUCUUAGAACCAGUACUUAGAACAGUUUCAAAGAUUUAGAAUUAGUUCGCUUAAAUUCAUUGAAAAAUUUGACAACUGAAUGAUUUCAGAUUCCUCAAUUACAACUAGUGUCUAGUUCCAUUCAACGGAACAUAAUCUUAAAUCUAAAGUAUUUCUAAGAACUAGUUCUUUAGCAGUGACCGAAAGAAGAGAAGUAGUUCCAAGGAUUUGUAAUUCUUUUCUAGAACUGUUUUCAGAAGCAUUUUAUAGUAUGAAAGACUUUUACAGAAUUUCUUUAGAGGUUUGCAUAGCAAUUCGAAAGAGAAGAGAACUAGUUCUUUAGCAAUUAUUAAAGAAAAUACAAAAAACAAACUAGUUUCAUAACUAUUUCAAAGAAUGUGUAUUUGUUAACUAAAGAUACUUUACUGAAUUUUUAAGAUUUACAAAAAAAAUACAUAAAAAAUGUUUUAAUAUAAGAAGACUGUCGAGAAUGAUCCAAAUAUCACGAAUUUUUCGAUAUUGUAAGAUUUCUAAAUGUAAUUGAGUUACAUUUCAUUAAGGUUUUCCCAAAAUUGGCCCAAAUCUUAACAAUAUCAAACAAAAAUCGCUGAAAAAAGAACUAGUUCCAAAAGUGUUCUAGAAAAACUUUCUAAGAACUAGUUUUCUCGCAAUUAUUAUACAGAAAUCAAUUCAAAAAGAACUAAUUCUAGAACUGUUUGCAAAGAAGAAGAUAUUUUCUCUAAGAAUUCUCUAUUUUAAAGGCAAACUAGUUCUAGUGCAGUCUGUAUGCUAGCAUUUUAGAACUAGUUGUAUUUAGAAAAAAUCGUUGGUUCCAAAGAUAAACUAGAAUGAGUGUUAGCUAAAUGUAGGCGAUCUAGAACUAGUUCGGGAACUAAUACAAUUUCUCUUGGACAAAUUUGUUUGUAGAAAAUCCAUAUUAACAAACUAAUCCCCUUAUUCAAACAAACUAAUCCCCGUAUGACACUUUUAAAACAUUAUCAGGCCAAAUAUGAACAAUUAUUCCCCGAGAGUUUGUUCCCUUUUGCGUGCUUUAGGUAUAGAAAAGAGAACAAACUCCCAGGGAAUUUAUUAUUCAGAAUAGGCCUGUUUAAGCCUAUUAUCAGUGAAAUUGUUUUGAUAUUAAGGUAAAGAAGAUAAUGGGGGAUAAAAAACAUAUUAAACCAAAGCAUGAAAAAACAUAUUUUGUAAAGUAAAAAAUGCUUAAUUCCUAAAAGUAACAACCUUUAAUCUUAUUUUGCAUGCUCUUUUUUAUAAAU